UGUGUCCCUAAUAGCUGAAAAGACAGAAGCAGUCUCCGCCAGCCAAGAAACCAGCAAAAAUAUUUCACAAUGGAUGUAGACGAUGAAGAAAACAUGAGUUCGAGCAGCACUGAUGUUAAAGAAAACCGCAACGUGGACAACGUUCCCCCCAAGGACGGCGGUGGGCAGGGCGCUGGGGAGGGGACGCAGCUCUCCAACGGCGGUGGCAGCAGCAGCAGAAAGCGUCCUUUGGAGGAGGGCAACAAUGGCCACUCCAAAUUUCGCCUGAAGAAGAGGAAGAAAACGCCUGGCCCUGUUCUGCCAAAGAAUGCCCUGAUGCAACUUAAUGAGAUUAAGCCCGGUUUACAGUACAAACUCCUCUCCCAGACGGGGCCGGUCCAUGCCCCCAUGUUCGUGAUGGCAGUCGAAGUCAAUGGGCAGGUAUUCGAGGGAUCUGGCCCGACGAAAAAGAAAGCCAAGCUUCACGCUGCCGAGAAGGCUCUGCGGUCUUUCGUUCAGUUUCCAAACGCCUCGGAAGCCCACCUUGCAAUGGGGAGGACUCUGUCGGUCAACACGGACUUCACCUCCGACCAAGCGGACUUCCCUGACACCCUUUUCAAUGGGUUCGAAACGCCGGUCCCUUCCGAUGCUUCCUUUUACCUAGGGUCCAACGGGGAUGGGUCCUUUAGCUCUAGUGGGGACUACGGUUUGCCGUCGUCUGCCGUAGCCAGCAGCCUUUCCCAGUCGCCUCUCCCCGCGCCAUCGCCCUACCCCUCUGCCAGCGGGAAGAACCCCGUCAUGAUCCUCAACGAGCUGCGGCCGGGGCUGAAGUACGAGUUUCUCUCAGAGAGCGGGGAGAGCCAUGCCAAAAACUUUGUCAUGGCUGUGGCGGUGGAUGGUCAGACUUUUGAAGGCUCGGGAAGGAACAAAAAGCUGGCCAAAGCUCGGGCCGCUCAGUCGGCCCUGGCAUCCUUGUUUAACAUGCAGCUGGACCAGACCCCGUCUCGACAGCCCAUUCCCAGUGAGGGGCUCCAGUUACACUUGCCACAGGUUUUAGCUGAUGCUGUUGCACGCUUGGUUGUAGAUAAAUUCAGUGAUUUGACAGAAAAUUUCACAUCUCCACAUGCACGUAGAAAAGUCCUUGCUGGAAUUGUCAUGACAACAGGUACAGAUGUGAAAGAUGCCCUGGUAAUAAGUGUUUCUACAGGAACAAAAUGCAUCAAUGGUGAAUACAUGAGUGAUCGUGGUCUUGCAUUAAAUGAUUGCCACGCGGAAAUUAUAUCGCGCCGGUGCCUGCUUAAAUUUCUGUAUACACAACUUGAGCUUUAUCUAAGCAAUAAAGAAGAUCAACAAAAAUCCAUUUUUAUCAAAUCGGAGCGAGGCGGGUUUAAGCUGAAGGAGAAUGUGCAGUUUCAUCUCUAUAUCAGCACAUCUCCCUGUGGCGACGCUAGGAUUUUCUCACCACAUGAAGCAGCACAAGAGGAUCAAGGGGACAGGCAUCCAAACCGCAAAGCGAGAGGACAGCUACGGACAAAAAUAGAAUCUGGGGAAGGGACUAUCCCCGUGCGCUCUACCACCACUAUCCAGACGUGGGAUGGCGUAUUGCAAGGAGAAAGGCUACUUACCAUGUCCUGCAGUGACAAGAUAGCGAGGUGGAACGUAUUGGGUAUUCAAGGAGCCUUACUUAGCCUCUUUGUGGAGCCAAUUUACUUCUCUAGCAUCAUCUUGGGGAGUUUAUAUCAUGGGGAUCAUCUAUCCAGAGCCGUAUACCAGAGGAUAGCAGAGAUAGAAGAUCUACCACCUCUUUAUACACUCAACAGACCUUUACUUAGUGGUAUUAGCAAUGCAGAAGCCCGUCAACCAGGGAAAGCACCAAACUUCAGUGUGAACUGGACAGUAGGAGACACUGGUCUUGAAGUUAUUAAUGCUACAACUGGCAAAGAUGAAAUGGGUCGUGCAUCUCGCCUUUGUAAGCAUGCUUUUUACAGCCGCUGGAUGCGUAUUCAUGCAAAGCUUUCCUCCAGCUUGCGCUCAAAGAUCCUCAAGCCUAACCUGUACCACGAAACCAAGCAAGGAGCCACUGAGUAUCAAACUGCCAAAGAGUGUUUGUUUAAAGCAUUCCUGAAGGCAGGACUUGGAGCCUGGGUGGAGAAGCCCAUAGAACAGGAUCAGUUUUCUCUCACGGUCUAAUUCACAGACUGCACAUCACUUUGGAAAGGGGGUUGUUCUGGAAAUUCCUGGCGUCCAGCAUUGCUUUCUGGCAUCUCCACAGCAGUCAAAACAUCUUUUUACUGUUUGGAGUUGGGUUUUUUCCUUUGUUUUUUUUUGAAACUUCAUAGUAACUGUUUCUGUUUUGCCUAAGUAUUGAAACUCAGCGGUGAUCUGACACAUAAUUGUAUAAUUUGUUAUGGGAAAGUAAUUUCUGGUGUAUUUCUAGAAAUACUUUUACUGUAGAAAACUUGCAGUAAGGCUGUCCUUACAGUAUACAAUGACUCAUUUUUUCUGGGUUAAAAUAAUGUCAAUUUUUAGUUCAAUGUCAUCAAGUGCAUGAAGAAAUGAAAGUUUCUCUAGGUUUUACACGACACUUUUAGAAAGCAGCUUAAUUUUUUUAAAAGAAAAUAGGUGACAAAGCUGAUUCUACUCCUCUGUUAACUUGGUUUUGAACUGCAGAUAUUUCUAGCAUAUAGACCACAGAGCCAGAAUGGAGUCUGGACAGCUAGUUUUUCCCCACUUCCUUGCUCUUUAAAACCAGCUGCUGAAAAUUUCAUGUCUUUGAUGUAUGUAUUUAUUAGUCUGUGACCCAGUUUUUAACAUGCAGCUUUCUAUUCUGUUUUUAAAAAUACAUUUACCUCCCAUUUACACACAUUGUGAAGUCUUCCUUUUUUUUACCAUUGUAAACUGGAAAGAGCAAAAUAAUUAGUUGUAAGUUAAGUUUAGUCUAUAACGUGCAGAAACCUGUUUAGAAGUAGGUUAUUUGUAUAUCCCAGGAACUCAUCAAAAUACAAUUGUAACUGUAAUGGUAGUAUGACAACUUAAAAAAAAUUUGCUCAUUUUAAGGGCACUAAGCCUGAAUUGCCAAAAACAGUCACUUGCUGGGUAUUGAUUGCUCUCCUCUCGAAGAAAUGAAAAGCUCUUGUACCAACAAAAAGUUGUUAAA